AUGCUUCUCUUCUGCCCGCACUGCGCCAACAUCCUCACCGUCUCCCUCACCAACCAACGCACCAACCGCCUCGAGUGCCGCACAUGUCCCUUUGAACACACAAUCACCGAGCCCAUCUUCUCGCGGCGCCUCUUUGAGCGCAAGGAAAAGGAGGACGUCUUUGGCGGGCCCGGCGCGUGGGACAAUGCGCAAAAGGGCCGCGUGCAGUGCCCCGGCGACGGGUGCGACGGCGACGAGGCUGCCUUUUUCCAGGUCCAGAUCCGCAGUGCCGACGAGCCCAUGACGAGUUUCUACAAGUGCAUGACCUGCGGCAACCGAUGGCGCGAGAAUUAG